GAGCAGUCAAGCUACCCUGGUAACCUUGGCAGAGGAGCAGAGCAUGAUCUCGGCUGUGAUGUUGGCCAGCCUGUUCGCUUAGCAUAUUCCUGUCAAACAAUCCAUUUCCUUACCAUGCCACCAAAGUCUAGGGUAGUGGAGAUCCAGGAACUUCCCAAGGAUCCUCUCCAAACAGAACAGAUAGUCAUUACUGCAUUUCCCUACAAGCCUCCUAAGACCCUAUUGAACUUCCUGAAGGGGGAGCCGAAGAUGAUGGGGGUUUUCCAGAUUUUAUUGGGUCUUAUUAUCACUGCCAUGGGGUACAUUUUAUGGCACAGUGUCAACAAACUUCAUCUUCAAAAGGAUUAUCCUAUUAUCUUUGUCACAGGGUAUCCAUUCUGGGCAGGAGCAUGUUAUGUUAUUACAGGAUACUUCACAAUUCUUAAUGAAAUAAAACAUCCUCGCUGGAUGCGCUUCAGUCUAUACUUGGGCGUGGUGAGCACCCUGGUGGCUGCAGCGGGGAUUGCUAUCAUUCUUUACAGCUUCCAUGAAGACAAUUAUUUCCAUUGCCGGAUUCCUACCAAGUCUGGCAUAUGUGCUAUUGGGAGAACACUCUUUCUAGGAGUGUUGGCUCUGAUACUUUUCCUCACGAUUGCUGAAUUGUGCAUCACUGUGACGGUCUUAGCCUUUAAGACCAAUGUAAUAUGGAGAAAUGCCAAAGAGGUUGUGUUUUUCUUGCCUACUGAAGGCAAGGAACCUGGACAUCAUGAAGAGGAAAGACCGUUCCAGUUCCAGAUUCAAGCAAACCCUGCUGGCCAAAAUGAGAAGGAGCUCUCUGUCUCCUUAAUUGGGGAUUAUACUUUCUAAAGCUGAGCUUCAAGAGGCCUGGUAGCCUUCUUGCCCCUCCCUUUUAACUUCCCCUCUCUCCCUUCUUCUGUCUCAUUCUCCUCUUUCCUCUUUCUCUUUUCCUUCCCCCAAAUUAGAGGAAGAACCCAGAGAAAGUCUCUCUCUACAAAUUAAAUUCACUUAGAGAAUUUACAAAAGUUCCCCUUUUCGGCAGCAACAGUUCACUCAGAGAAUCCAUUCUAAGUCACCUUUCUCCAGGUCAAUUUCAACAAGACAUGUCUAUGAGUUCCCUCUUUCUUUGUUCUAAGAUCACUAAACAAAUGUAUUGAAGUUCUACUAUCCUUCUGCCCAAGUUCACCAAGAGGAUUCUUCUGAGGUCCCAUUUUUUCCAACCUAAGUUCAAAGAGAGAAGUCUUCUCAAUUCCAGCUUUCUCCAGAUCAAAGUCAGAGAGGAUCCUUAAGUUAUAGCUUUUCCAACUCAAGGUCACUGAAAGUAUUCACUAAAAAUCCCCCUUUCCAACUUCCUUCCCCCUUCCUCUGAACCAAGUUCAUGGAUAGCAUACACUCAAGUUCCUCUAACAUGCUAUUCUAAAGAUACCAGGCCACGUAGCAUAGAAAAACAUAUUUUAGUCACUUCCGUUUGAUACCAUUCACUGCAAGACUCAGCUUUAGUGAGUAGGCAAAAAGAUUCUAAACCAAAAGCCCUUGUCAGGCUGUCCCAGUGUCUCAGAACAAUUCAUGCAUUUAUUAAGUACUUGCUAUGCACGAGAUACUAAACUAGGAGCUGGGGAAAGAUGGACACCAAUGACACAGCCUCUGUAUACAAGGAACUUCAGAGCCAUUUCUUCAGCUUUGGGCCAUGGCAGAAGGAGCGGUGUAUGACAGGGUAGGAAGCUUAAGCUUUUUACAGGGUUUUACAGGGUUUUACACAGACAAUUGAGGAGUGGGACUUUUACUCAGAAAAGAACAGGAGUAAGAAGGAACCAAGUAGGAUGAAGAGAUGUAAAUAGGGAAUGUCCAAAAGGAGGAGACAGAAAAGCCUGAACUUUGUCCAGGAUUGUUCAUAAACAAUAAGAAAAAAUUUUUCUUUGAGGAAGGAUCCUCAGGCUUCCAGCCUUCCUGCAAAAAGGAAGUGGAGGAUUUUGAGAGGUUGGGAUGGGCAGACAGUACCCUCUGGGACUGUGGGGAGAGUUGAUGUAAAUGACAAGGUGGCCAGUUUAGCUGGGACAGAGAAAAGGUAACAUGAAAUCACACUCUGAAGGGAAGCUGGGCAAUCCUCCUUGGCACUUCAAGAGGAGGAAACAGAUGGUGAGAUGAACUAAUGGCCUGCACCCCGUCACUGAGUACAGAAGGCAGGAGCCACACCUGGGUGUCCUCGGCAUGAAAUCCAAAGCCUUACCUGCCAUGCCAUUCAUUCUCAAGGCUCCUUUUCACAUAUGAGGAAAUAGGCAUCUGACACUCACACAGUGUGCAGACCCCCUUGAACCCGGAGAAGGAGGCAUGGAGGUCAAUGCAGAUGGGUUCCUUUGGUCUAAGAGCUGAGAGGUCUUUUAUUUGAACCCAAACCUUCCUAACUCUGGAGCCAUUACUCUAAAUCUUAUAUCCUGCUGCUCUGGACAUCUGCUUUCUCACAUGUAUAAAGGGAUGGGAGAUAAUCAGAGCAUGUUUCAGGUGGUUUUCAUCUUAGACCUGAGAAAAUUGUGACCAGUUCAGCACUUAAUAUGCUCCACACACUGUAUUUAAGAACUGAGGGUAAAAAGACAAAACAGAAACGGUCACCACUUUCAGGGAGUCAAUCCAAUGAUCAAUGAUAGAAGAGCUUGCCCCACUCCACCACCCUUCACAAUCCUGUAGGACGCAUGGCUUCUAUAUGGUGGGGCUGUCUCCCACCCCUGUCCUGCUUCUCCACUGGGAUUCUGUCCAUGGUGAGCAUCACUGGGGCUGAGAGCUUCCUCCCUACUCUCCUAGAAACCCUAAUCCAGUUUCUGGGUGUAUAAGCAGCUCCUAGUUUAGUGUCUCAGAGUUCAACUCUGUCCAGUUCUACAAUUUCUGGCAGAACUUUUCCUGCCACUUGUACUAAAUGGAGUAUAAAUGGACCAAUAAGUAUAACAUCCAAGAGCACCCCACCACUGAUGGGCUGCCACUCUUAAAGAUGUACCAAUAAUCCUGAAGUCCUCCAGCCUUGGGAUAGAUGUACUUAGAAAUGAUGUAUUCCUUCCCUUAGGCUAUCUUGCCCUACUUUAUCUGACCAUAGAACAAGGUUCUAUAGGAAUAGAGACCCUUUAUGGCUUGUGGCACAAAUGGGAUGGUCCUCUUCCACAUUAUUUUGUCUAUGACUGUGUCUAUUUGUAGAAUGUAUCACAUUUGUACUGUGAGCUGAGUCGAAAUGGUUGCUGGCUGUUGGUCAGUGAUAAUGGGUUUCUGAGACUAAUGAGCAAGAAUAAUAAAGUGCUUAAAGAUAACUCAGGGAACAAAAUGGGGUGGCUGUUUUGAGCUAGAGACGUUUCUGGUUUAAAAACAUUUCUAGCAGAUUCCCUUCUCUGCUAGUUCUGUCCAGAGAAUUAUGGGUACUGCAUCUGUGCAUAGUCAGAACCAGAUCACUCCUCAACUCCACCUCUAAGUCAUAAAACUACCAUCUUAGUGACAUGAAACACCUGGUUUCUCUAACUUUUCCCUAUACCUUUACUUUCUUGCCCCUGGCUCUUUGCUAACUUCUUUAGGAAACUUAGUUUCAUUUUAAUUGGCAUCACAACUAUAAUAAACCUUGUCCCUUGACUUGGA